AUGGCAAGAUCGAGAUCCAGCUCUCGUCAUACCAAUGGUUCCCGCGGCACCCAGCUCGCCGCGAACGGGAACGGCCCCAACGGGGCCCCCGCCCCCAGCAUCCAACCAGCCGCCUCCGCCAGGUCGGGGGAGGAUCUGACGGCCCAGCUCACCAACCACCGUAGCAGUGGUGCGCCACCAGAACCCCCGCCGCCCCCGCUCCAGCUCGCGCACUCAUCCGGGAGGGGGUGGCGGUCUUCGAACAAGCUUCCACCGCGCUGGCGCGCGUCGCGGCGGGCCUCCGAGCAGAGGAACAAGCCGCCCUGGGUUCCACCGGAGGGGCGUCGGCGUCGCCUCCGCCUCCUCCCACCUGGGGGCGCAGUGGCCCAAGCACCCGACCGCCCCAGACACCCGUCACCCAGGGGGAGGUCAACUCGCCUCGACCAUCGGAGAGGCGGGGAAGAUGGGACUCCCGCCGAGACCGCCAGCAUGACGACGAUGGAAGGGCCCCAACCCAAGCCAGGCCCGCCCUGGAGAGGUUGGGCGACCGGGUGCCAGCCCGGGAGAGGUUGGGCCCAAGGCCUGCUGCUAAUGAGCCCCCACCAGCAGAGUCCUGCUCCCGCUGGCAGGCACGUCAGCAGUCAGUCACCCGGAGGUCGCCGAGUCGCGGACCCCAGGCCCCGCCGCGACAAGAGGUAG